AUGUUGGCAGACGUCAGCCAUAGUAGUUCUCUUCGACAAACUCCAAAGAUCUGGUUUAUCGGCAGCAGCAAGCAUAGCAGUAUGUUGGACCAGUCUGACAAGAAACUGGAUCAAUGCUUGGAAUGUGGAAAGAGCUCCAGUUACGGCUCCAGUCCUGCUUCCCAUCAAAGAAUUCAUACAGGGGAGAAACCAUACCAAUGCCUGGAAUGUGGAAAGAGCUUCAAUCAGACCUACCAUCUCACAAUCCAUCAAAGAAUUCACAGUGGGGAGAAACCAUAUCAGUGCUUGGAAUGUGGAAAGAGCUUUACUAGGAGCUCAGGUGUCCAUCAUCAAAGAAUUCAUGUAGGAGAAAAACCGUAAAAGCAGUGGGAGCUGGUGGUCACUGGAGCUCACAGGUCUGCUUAGGGGGUCAUGGAGUUGUGUCCAAUGAGGUAAAGGAGGUGUGGCCUAGUUCUGGUUUUCUCCCCAUUCUCUUUUGUAAAGUUACUGUGGACACUUAAUGCAAUUGUACAAAUACUCAGCAUCUAACAAAGCUGAAAAGCAUAUUUCUUUACAUCAGAAGCGCUCUCUCCUGUCACUUAGUUCACUGGGUGGCAGAUCUGUAGUUUACACGGGGAGGGUGCAAGGCAGUUGU